GUCUUUCUCUCAUAAUCGUCAAAAGCGCAACACAUACGUUGCACUUCCCUUGUUCAUUUAUCCGACCAGUUACUUUGUUUCUCGUUAGCCUUUCUUAUAUUCUAGCUUUCCUCAUUCCUGCAACAGAAAGUUUCAAAUCUCUGAGUGAAGAAGAUGGAAGCGAAUGGUAAUGGCAGCGUUAGAUUCGAUAACGGAAAUGGCAACGUAACGAACGGACUGCCAGAGAUUCAUACGCCGAAAAAGCAUGAUGAGAUUUGCCACGACGACAGUGUUCCAACGGUGAAGGCUCAAACCCUUGACGAGCUUCACUCGCUACAGAAGAAGAAGUCCGCACCCACCACCCCCGUCAAAGGGAUUCAGACUCCCUUUGCCACCCUCUCUGAACAUGAGCGCCAGAAUCUGCAACUACAGUCCAUCAGUGCAUCCCUGGCGUCACUGACGAGGGAGACUGGACCCAAGGUGGUAAGGGGAGACCCAGCUAAGAAGUUGGAAACUCAGAGGGUUGCUCACGUUACGCACCAUCAUGCCCCUCCCACCAUUGCUGUUAGUGAUAGUGCUUUGAAAUUUACCCAUGUCCUCUACAAUCUUUCACCUGCUGAACUUUAUGAACAAGCGAUCAAGUAUGAGAAAGGAUCGUUCAUCACUUCCACAGGGGCAAUGGCAACGCUUUCUGGGGCGAAGACGGGUCGCUCUCCCAGGGACAAGCGCGUCGUCAAGGACGAUGUUACUGAGAAUGAGCUUUGGUGGGGAAAGGGUUCCCCUAACAUCGAGAUGGACGAGCAGACUUUCAUGGUGAACAGAGAAAGAGCCGUCGAUUACUUGAACUCUUUGGACAAGGUUUUCGUGAAUGACCAAUUCUUGAAUUGGGACCCAGAGAACAGAAUCAAAGUCCGGAUUGUCUCUGCCAGAGCUUACCAUUCCUUGUUCAUGCACAACAUGUGUAUCCGACCCACUCCUGAAGAGCUGGAGAAUUUUGGUACUCCGGACUUCACUAUUUACAAUGCUGGACAGUUCCCAUGUAAUCGUUAUACUCACUACAUGACAUCCUCCACUAGCGUAGAUCUUAAUCUUGCUAGGAGGGAAAUGGUCAUCCUCGGCACUCAGUACGCCGGGGAAAUGAAGAAAGGUCUUUUCAGUGUUAUGCAUUAUCUCAUGCCUAUGCGUCAAAUCCUCUCCUUACACUCUGGAUGCAACAUGGGAAAAGAUGGGGAUGUUGCACUCUUCUUUGGACUCUCAGGUACCGGAAAGACCACUCUUUCUACAGACCACAAUAGGUAUUUAAUUGGAGAUGAUGAACACUGUUGGAGUGAGAAUUGUGUCUCUAACAUUGAAGGUGGUUGCUAUGCCAAAUGCAUUGAUCUCUCACGAGAGAAAGAACCUGAUAUCUGGAAUGCUAUCAGAUUUGGUACAGUCUUGGAAAACGUGGUGUUUGAUGAGCAUACUCGAGAGGUUGAUUACACUGACAAAUCAGUUACAGAAAAUACUCGUGCAGCUUAUCCUAUAGAGUACAUUCCAAAUGCAAAGUUACCAUGUGUUGGCCCUCACCCAAAAAAUGUCAUACUUUUGGCAUGUGACGCAUUUGGUGUGCUCCCACCCGUGAGUAAGUUAAACCUGGCGCAGACCAUGUAUCAUUUCAUCAGCGGAUACACUGCUUUGGUGGCUGGUACAGAGGAUGGUAUAAAGGAGCCACAGGCAACUUUUUCAGCUUGUUUUGGUGCAGCAUUUAUUAUGCUACACCCUACAAAGUAUGCGGCAAUGCUUGCUGAAAAGAUGCAGGAACAUGGUGCUACUGGAUGGCUUGUUAACACUGGUUGGUCUGCUGGCAGCUAUGGUUAUGGGAGUCGUAUUAAACUACAAUAUACGAGAAAAAUAAUUGAUGCCAUUCACUCUGGAAGCCUCCUGAAUGCAGAGUACACUAAGACUGAGAUUUUUGGGCUAGAAAUCCCCACAGAAGUGGAGGGAGUCCCUUCAGAAAUUCUGGAUCCUGUGAACACGUGGUCAGACCAAAAUGCCUACGAGGAGACACUGUUGAAGUUGGCUGGAUUGUUCAAGAAGAAUUUCGAAACCUUCACCAACUACAAGAUUGGCAAGGACAACACUCUUACAGAAGAUAUUCUCGCAGCUGGUCCAAUCUUUUGAGGCUAUGUUAAUUUGUGUGAUUGGGAUUGGAAUAUUAGGAUGGUGGAACCAGUCUCACCAUAGAAUAAAACUUUGGUUGGGUUCAAUCCAUAUAUAAAAAGUUACAUUUCUAGUUUUA